AUGGUUUAAAACCUCAAAACAUCUUAUUUCAUCAAAAUGAUCUAAAAAUUUCGGAUUUUGGAUUAUGUAAAGUUUUAGAAGAUGAUAAUUUUAAACUCUAAUUAACAUCAUAAGGAGUAGAAACUUAUUGGUAUUUACCUCCUGAAUGUUUUCAUUUGGUAGAUUAACCACCUAAUAUUUCAAGCAAAGUUGAUAUUUGGACUAUAUGAGUCAUUUAUUUUGAAAUGCUUUUUGGAAAAAAACCUUUUGGAUAGGGAUUAAGUUAAAGAAUAAAUAUUAAAAGAAUAGUUAAUAAUUUUAUGA